UUCCUGGCAUGUGCAGAUAGGGUUAACUAAAGACAGAGUUUUCUAAUGUGUAUAUCUUCAUAUGAGUGUUCUAAAAGAAAAUUAAAUUGCUUGGGAGAAAAAAAGCAUGGAAAGCAGCAAAGAGCCAAAAGAAUAUUCAAAGGAAAUCUGUUUGGAACCAUCAAUAAAUAAUAUAUUCCAAAGUGAUAGAAACAAUGUGGGCAAAGGUAGCUCCAUUCGAAAAGAACAUUUUAUACAGAUAAAUUUUGGAGAAUCUUCUGCAUUUGAGAUCAGAGAGACAGGAUUCUCAACCGCUUCUAAAGAUGUCCCUAAUCAACACAAAAAUGAUAUUGAUGUAGAGGAAAAACAAUUUACUUCAGAAAUUAAGAAAGUCCAAAGUGUUGGUGAUAUACAAAUUCAAAAUCAUGAGGAGAGGUCAUCAAGUCCAAAAGAUGUGGAAGAGACAGAGAGUCAGCUUGAAAAUCAAGAAACAGAAGAUAGUGGUUUUACACAACUUCAGAGCUCUGUUGUUAAUGCUAAGGGAGGUUCAGAGACAAGCACCAAAAAGAGAACCAUUAACAUGAUAGUCAGUGACAUUCUGAAAAAUAAAGAAACAAAUGACAAGGAAAAAGCAGAUGAUAAAAAUACUAAAGAGGAGUCUGGUAGUGUGGAUAGAAGGAAAGAAAGUCAGCCAAAAAAGAGACGAAAAGCCAGGAAUCCUGUCAACAUAACGUAUAGUGAAGAUAGUCUGGAUAUGGAAGAGGAUUCACCAGACGAGGAGGAGGAGAAUUUUAAAUGUGAGGUUUGUUUUGUGAAGUUUAGCAGACAGGCUGAUCUGACAGAGCAUUACAUGAUGCACAAAGAGGAAGGAGAUUACAGUUACGUGUAUAAUGGAAAGACAUUUGAGACCACCCCAUAUCAGCAGAAUUUUAUAGAAUCUUACAUUUUUAACACUUUGCAGGAUAGAUCUUCUGGACAAGAAGGUGGGUCAGUGACAUUUGAUCAAAACAUUCCAGAGAGUCAAAAAAUUGGUACAUAUUCUACUCAGUCGUCAGUGGGAGAAGGGUCUGAAAUUAUAAAGACAGAAACGGAAAACCCCCUUCAGUGUGAUUACUGUGAUAAAGCCUUCAGCAGUACUCUGCUUCUCAAGAGGCAUAUCAGUGUUCAUACAGGGCAGAGACCUUAUAAAUGUGAUGUCUGUGAAAAGACCUUCAACCUACCUCACCAUCUGAAGACUCAUGCCAGGAUUCAUACCAAUGUCAGACCUUAUAAAUGUGAGGUUUGUGGUAGAGCAUUUAAUGAGAGCUCCAGCCUUAAAAGACACAGUAGGAUCCAUGCCAAAGAGAGACCCUACAUAUACAUCUGUGAUGUGUGUGGGAAAACAUUUAAUGAACCACAUAAUCUGAGAACCCAUGUCCGGAUUCAUUCAGAUGUAAAACCUUAUACUUGUGGAGUGUGCAAGAAAGCAUUUAUCCGGCAGCAGACACUGAAGAACCACAUGCGAAUUCACACCGAUGAAAGACCUUACAAAUGUGAGGUCUGUGAAAAAGCUUUUAAAGAAUUACACCAUUUAAAGAUUCAUGUUCGCAUUCAUACAGACAUACGACCAUACAAAUGUGACAUCUGUGAAAAAACCUUUAAUGAAAGAUCGAGUUUGAAGAGGCAUGUCCGGAUUCAUACAGGCGAAAAACCUUACAAAUGUACGCUCUGUGAGAAGGCGUUUAAUCACAACGAGAGUCUGAAGAUUCACCUCCGUCACCACACGGGCGAAAGGCCGUUCAAGUGUGAAAUCUGCGACAAGACAUUCACAGAUCCCAAAAACUACAAAAGUCACCAGAAAGUUCACAACCACGACUUCAAAUUUAAGUGUGAUUCCUGUGACAAAUCUUUUGCGGAGGAAUCCAGAUUGUGGCAACAUAUGAGAAUCCACACAGGUAACCUGCCAUUUAAAUGUAUGAUCUGCAGUAAAUCUUUCAACCAAAGAUCCAGCUUGAAGAGGCAUUUGAAAACGAUACAUCCAGGAAUUGAGAUGGAUAUGAAUGAUAAAGAUUUGCUUUCCUCUAAUACAGAUGAAUCUGAUGAGAUGAUGGAUAGUCCAGCUGAUGACUUUGAUGAAGGAGAUGAAUCUGUAGAUGAUUUGACUGGUAUUUCAGGUGUCGUUAAUGAACCACCUGAAACAUCCAGUUCAUUUCAUAUAAUUGCAAAAAAGGCAUGAAAUGAUGUGUUCAUAUCAUAGGUUGUAAAAAAUUGUAAAUCCCUGCUUUUAAAUUUUAACCAUCAACUGUUGUGAUAUUUAUGACUAGAUUAGAUUGCCUAUUGAUGAAGAUGCAUUAAUGUUAUGAAUUAAUGAUAAUUAUAAUGAAAUCUCUCUUUUAAAUAAUGAA